UUGCUCUUGGCCGAACCUGAGAUCGGAGCGGAAGUGCGGUUCCACGUGUGAACCUCCGAGUUCGGCUAUGGGACCUCCCGGAGGAAAGAUCAAUCGUCCACGGACGGAGCUGAAGAAGAAGUUGUUCAAGCGCCGGAGGGUGCUGAGCAGGGAUCGGCGACGGAAGCGCCAGGUGGUCGGGGCCGUUAUAGACGAAGGGCUGACUACGAGGCACCAUCUCAAGAAGCGGGCGUCCAGUGCACGUGCCAACAUCACGCUAUCUGGGAAGAAGCGCAGGAAACUCCUGCAGCAAAUUCGCCUUGCCCAGAAAGAAAAAGCAGCCAUGGAAGUGGAAGCCCCUUCCAAGUCAACCAGGACGAGUGAGCCACAGCCCAAACGACAAAAGAAGAUAAAAGCUCCCCAGGAUGUAGACAUGGAGGAUCUUGGGGAUGAGAGCUAAAGUCUCUACUUCUUUUAUUAGAAGAUUCUCAACAGCAGCCAGAAGAAGAAUUCAGCCAGCAGCCAGAAUUUGGAGGACUUUGGAGAAAAUAACUACCAUAUUUCACUCUCUCAGACACCCCUUCCUUAAUGACCCACUGACCUCCCCUGGAGCUAUAUAUUGGGAGGGAAGAGGACACAGAAAAAGACUGGAGAGGGCUGUCUCUAGCCGCAGCUCCUUUUGUAAUAAAGCCCUGGAGCUUGGA